CAAGGGUCUUCGUUAUAUGCUCUUCCACAUCGCCUUUGAGAGGCUCUUACACCCCCAGUAGACUUUGAGUCGUCACUAUCUGUCCUGACGUUAUUUGACUGUUCCCAUCAUUGCGCCGCAGUGCAGCGUAGAGUCUUUAGAGCACCGUCUACACGCUCCCUCGAAUGCGCCUAUAGCUCCCUUGCCGUUAACUGCACGUCGACCGCGACGCCGGGCCUCCAUAAACGAUAACGAUGACUGAGCGGCCUUCCGCAUGGUAGCAAAGAGCAGCACCACAGACCGUGGGUGGCUGCAGGAGAGCAUGAUUCGGGGCAGCAUGCUGGGCAAGACGAUGCUUCCUGGCGAUGAAGAGCUGGGCAAAAAGGAUGAUGACCACAAAUUCGCCGCGUCGCGACGGCCUUCAUGGUCAAUAUGGAACCACACAUUUCGUUGGAGACGGCGAAGAAUAUUGCUAGUGGUAUUGGGCAUAUUUCUGGUCUAUCUCUUCUUUCACAGCACCGGGGAACAAUUCGCAGGACUGAGCCAUGAAAGACAGCGAUAUCCGCUUGGACGGCCCAUCAUACCCAGCACAUCCGAUACGUACGAGAGACCGAUCAGUGACGAUGGCGAACCCACGGGACCGCCUCCGGGCAUCCAGAAACCGAAACGCGGCGAAGCCAUACCACACACGUACAACGGCCAAAUUAGGUUCUUCCACCUCGCCAAAACGCUGCGCAAGUCAGCAGCGGACACGGAUGGCUAUGGGAAGCACAACCGAAACAUCCUCUUCGCCGCAUCGAACUUGAAGAGCGCAUCUACGCUGCUGCCCAUGAUAUGCGAAAUGUCAAAGUGGCGCCGAAAUCACGUACACGUAGCUUUCAUGGGAAGGGAGGAUAUACCACUGGAGGAUCUGUUGGAGAUAAAUGGGAUAGACAAAAGCAAGUGCCCGGCCUUCUGGCAUGAUGCACGGCCGGACUAUACAGAGUACAGCGACGACGCUCGAGCCGAAUUAGCAGUAAAGGGAGCUUUGAGGUACAUUCAUAGCUUUUUGCACCCGCAGGCCGCCAUUAUGGAUGACUCUCUGGUAGAGGAUGCCUCCUUUGCUAAGGGUGUACGAGACAAGACAGAGAAGGUUGGUAUACCUCUCAUCGAGGUGCCCAAAGAUAGAUCGGAGGACCUGAUGUGGAUUACGAGACUGGAUGCAGGGUCCCUCAAAAAUUGGCACAACCCAACUGUAGAUAUCUUGAUACAGGUGCCGCCAGACUCGUCAAGCGUGCUGCGGCUACUCAAGUCGAUCAAAGAUGCCGACUACAGCGGACUGAAGCCGCCUCGGAUCACGCUCGAGCUCCCCGCGGAACUGGAUAAAUCCGUCAAACAAUACCUAGAGAGGUUCAAGUGGCCUUCACACAAUAGCAAACUCAUAGCAGGCAAUAGCCUGACUAUCAGACGACGCAUCUCGAAUCACCGCGCGACCCAAGAGGACUCUGCAAUGCGGUUUCUAGAGUUGUUCUAUCCUAUCAGCACUGUGAAUUCCCAUUUACUAUUGCUCUCGCCGCAAGCCCAGUUAUCCCCACAGUACUUGCACUUCGUAAAGUACGCGUUGCUUGAAUACAAGUACUCGACCUUCGGCGAAGAUGAUCAGCGCAACCUGAUGGGGUUGAGCCUGGAGCAGCCCUCUGUUCUCCUCGAUGGCCAGACCAAAUUGACCCUUCCAACUGUCGACAACAUGCACACAGACCGGUACAAAAAGCUGUACCCCAACAUCCGAAACGCGCCUUUCCUUUGGCAAGCCCCCAACAGCCAUGCGACUCUUUUCUUAGGCGGCAAAUGGGCAGAACUACACUCAUUUCUCGGCAACCGUGUGGUGAAGCGCCAGAAAUCGUCGAAUGCAGCUUCCCGAACAAAAUUGGUGUCUGAAACGCUUCCAGCGUGGACGGAGUACAUGCUCGAGUUUAUGCGAGCGCGGGGUUACGCACUGCUCUAUCCCGCUUCCAUGCCCACCGCUCUAGUCACGGUUCAUAACGAGCUGUAUCAUGCCCCAGAAGAAUUCCUGCCUGAGCCAUUAAAGAGAGCAGGACCUCUCGUAACACCAGACAUUCCAGACGAGCCCUUUCUACGCGUCAACGAAGCUCCACAAACGCCGAAAAAUCCGGAACCGCCCGUCAUACCUGGAUCGCAGCCGCUACAUAUGGCUCUGCCAUUCAAUGGCGAUCUUCCUGAAAUACCCCACCUGCCGCAGCUGCUCUAUAACGGCAACACGAUUAAGCCUGCGAACGUUUCCUCUAUCGCAAGAGAGUUUGCCAACAAGUUCCGCGAAGAGAUUGGAGGAUGCACAAUACCCAAGGGCAAGCAUCGCAAAGUCAUUACAGGGGAAGCUGGUGAUCUUUUCUGCUUUGGCGAUGAAGACCAAGGCGAUUGGGAAGACGAUCCAUCAGAGGAAGUGGAGAUGUUUGAAGCGCCGGUCGACGACGCAUAUCAGAGGCGGAUUGCAGACGAGUCGUCUACGGCUUCUGCUGCUGCUACUAAUUCAAGGAAUAAGACGGCUACGAGAGCAACGAUUGAAGCAGAUGACUAGUAGGCCGCAAUCUAAGAAUGUAUCUUUUGGGCUCAGGCUUGGACUCGAAGCUCUAGAAAUUUAAGGCGCAUUGAGGGGCGGGUUUUUGUUUGGCUCUUUUGCUCUUGACCUGCCGAGAGGGCACACAUUUUCAAUAGGGUAGAUACUGAGGUACGAUGAAAGAGCUUACCUUAGUAAUGGCACAUCUGUG